GGCCAAUGCUCAGGGAGCAAGUGCACUUAUAACACCUAGCGCUCACGAGCAAGUGUAUUUCUAAACUGAUUUCCUGAGCAAAGGACACACAUGUUCGAGCGGUUCUGACAAUAGGACGCAGGCAGAAAAGAGCAACAAAAAUGAGAAGGUCGUCUCGUUUGCUUGAGUCAACAGCUUUACUUGUGAUCAGCAUUCUGUGCUUGGUCAUAAUUUUUAUUAAAGAGGACAUUCGUCCUAAAAAACCCGCAAACCAUUUCCAGAUAAACAGGAGGGAAUCAGCCUAUCAAAACAGACCUCAGAAACCAACCAGUGAGAGCGCAGGUGUUUCUACCUGGGGCCAUUGUGAACGGAAUGAGUCUGCGGCCAAUGUGUCAGGGUUUUCCUCUCUGCCAGUUCACAUCCAAGACUUCCUUUUCUAUCGUCACUGCCGCCACUUCCCAAUGCUGCUGGAUGUACCUGAUAAAUGUGGAGGCCCUCACAAGUCUGCUGACGUCUUUCUUCUGCUGGUCAUAAAAAGCUCACCUGCGAAUUAUGACCGCCGUGAGGUACUACGGAAAACCUGGGCCAAGGAGAGACUGCAGAAUGGAGUCUGGAUUCACAGGAUUUUUCUCUCGGGAACAACAGGCACAGGCUUUGAGAAGAGCAAGCUAAAUAAGCUUCUACGCCUGGAGAACCGUGAGCAUAAUGACAUCUUGCAGUGGGACUUCAACGACUCCUUCUUCAAUCUCACCCUGAAGCAGAUUUUGUUCUUAGAAUGGAUGGACAAGAACUGCCGCCAGGCCCGAUUCCUCCUCAACGGUGACGAUGAUAUCUUCGCCAACACAGAUAACAUGGUGGACUACCUUCAGAGUCUAAAAGACAAUGGUGACAAGCACCUUUUUGCAGGUCAUCUAAUCCGCUAUGUAGGACCCAUUAGAGAGUCAGGGAGCAAAUACUAUGUCCCAGUCCAGGUUCAAGAGUCAGACUCAUAUCCCCCUUACUGUGGGGGAGGGGGCUUCCUGCUCUCUGGAAACACAGCUAUGGUCAUUUACAAAAUGACCCAUACCAUUCCCAUUUUGCCAAUUGAUGAUGUCUACAUGGGAAUGUGUCUGGAAAAGGCUGGUCUUGGGCCAGAGUCCCAUUUCGGAGUAAGGACUGCUGGACUUCAUGUCCCCUCCCAAAACGUGGACACUUACGAUCCUUGUUAUUACAGGGAAAUCAUUUUAGUACACAGAUUUCUGCCUCAUCAGAUAUAUAUUAUGUGGCACGGAAUACAUGACCCUAACUUGAGAUGUAGUAAUUCGCAAGGUUCUCUUUAGCCAUCUGUCCUGUUGAAAUCAGUUGCCUGUUGAGGUUUGUUUUUCCAGUCUUUUUUUUCCAAACAUGUGUGAUGUCUGAAAGUUGUUUUUGUUGUUGUAAAUACAAACUAAUUUUAAGAUGUAAAUUAUGGGAUUGAUUGCUUCUUCUGUGUAUGUACAUAGAAAUGAUCAAAGUUUAUAUAAUGUAUUGUUUUAAGUCAGUAUCACUUCUUUCUAUUUCAUAAAUGAAAACAUGCAUAUUAAAAAAUCUAUAUGAUAUUGAUUCUAUAUCAAACGCUAAUAAAAUAAAAUGCAUCUUUGAUUUUUGCCAUGUGUAUGGCUUUAGCUCGUUCUGGCGAUUGUUGUUAAGUAAAUGAGGUAAAUAUUAUUGAGUAUAUGUAUAUGUUUAUAAAGUAUAUGUUUUUAUUGUUCAUUAA